UUCUGUAUACAAUGGAUUAUUUUAACAAGAGUAUUAGUCUUAUAUUAAUAGUCUUACAAGCUUUGCAUAUAUUACCAUCUGACCACUGCUAUAAAAGAGACUGCAAGACAUAGUUCAACAACUCGAUGCAAGAUGUAUCAACUAAAAGAUCUAUUACUUUUCUCUUAUUUAAUAGUUUUAAUAACUGGUGCAGCUGUUAACAUCCCUACUAAAUCAGGAUGGACAAGCAGUGCUUCAAAAUCUGUUUAUUCAAGAGCUCUUGGACCACCAGUGGGAGUGGAUACUAUAACAGUGCCUUAUGUGCCAAAGUCUCCACUUUUUCCAAAAUUUGUUGAUCCAAAAAUGAUGAUUUCGAAAAAAACAGACUUGUUGAACAAUUUGUUUAAUGGUUUGGGACCAGUUUAUCCUAUGAAUUUUAAACCAUUUAUACCAUAUUCUGCUACUAGACCAUCUUUAGUUAGUACUCCCACUCAAAUGCAACAACUACUAAAUGCUUUAGGCCAAAAUAGUGUAGAUGAAGGCAAUGGACCAUAUAAGCGUGGAGCUUUAGGACCUUUUGGUGGCAAACCUUUUGGUCCUAUGGGUGCCAAACCUUUUGGUCCUAUGGGUCCUAAACCUUUUGGGCCUAUGUCUAAAUUUGGAUCUAAAUUUGGGUCUACUUCUAAGUUUGGACCUAUGUCUAAAUUUUCAAGCUUUAAUACUGAACCUGAUUAUGAUAUGUCAAGUGACUAUUCCCGUAAAAGGAGAAGUACAGAUGAAUCUUCUGUGGCCAAACUACGAUCCAUUAUGGAUGAUAGUAAACCAGAGACAAAGAGCUUGGGACCACCACCACCUUAUCCUACUCUUGCUCCAAUUUCUGAAGAAUCAGAAGAUGAAGUUAAUGUGUUACUUAAGAAAAUGGGAAGUGCAACAGCACCAAAGCAAUAUCUACCAGGAUUCUUUGGACCUGUAGUUGAUCCAUCUAUGUUCAUAGCAAAGAAGUCUGCUUUUUUGGAUACAUUAUUUAAAAAUCUUGCUACUAGUACUACUCCAUCACCACUACCAACAGAAGCAGAAACUUCAACAACAAAAAGUACCAUUGUCCCACCAGAUUUUUGGUUUCCAACAUCAAUAAUACCUGGUCCAACUGAAUAUGAUGACAAGGUACAAGAAUUCUUGAAUAAAUUAUUUGAAAGCUUGAAGCUUAACAAAACUGCCACAAGUGAGACUGAAGGAGCACUCAAAAAUGACUUUGCAAGAUCUUCUGAACUUGAUGAGGAUGCAGUGCAAUCAAAAAUUGCUAGAUCUAUCGAAGAUGUAUCAUCAAUCAAUGCAGCUAAGGAUGAAAUUAUUGACACUAUACUAGCUGAAUUGGGUGACUUGAAAACUAAUAUGGUAUCUACGAUGAACGAUUUAAUUACAUAUGAAAAAUCCGUAUCCACAAUGUCAGCAAAGAAACCUUUCAAAUCUUUUGGACCAGGUAUGUGGCCAAAACCUACUCCAAGCGGAAUGCUUCCAUUUCAACAAAAAAUGGCAGUCUUAAGUCGAGUAUUUGACAUGCUAACCGAUUUGCAAAAGAAUAUUACUUUAGCAAUUCAGAAUGCAGUAAAAGCUAAAAUGGGUUCUGCCAACGUUCCGGAUGGAAGCGCUGGUAUUAACUAUCCAUUCAAUUUCAAUGAUGCUUAUCCUUUUGCCAACAACAUACCUAUCAAUAUGAGCCUUUUGGACGCUAUCAAACAGAGACUGGAUUCACUUGAAUAUGGAAUGCCUAUUUCUUACAAUCCAAGUUUCAAUAAAUAUGAAUCAAAGGUAGCUCGAACACUGUCAAAAACUCCAACAUCAUUUUGGGUGUCUUCUCCUGAAGAUGCGGCGGGUAUAAAACGGCAAGUUGAUAGUGACACAGAAUCUUUGAUAAGUAAAGAUAAGUCUGACCAAAAGCAACAGGCGCGUUCAGUUAAAAUGCAAAUGCAUCAAGGAUAUCAGAGUUUGCCAGAUGGUGCUAUAGAGUCUGUGCAAGCAGGAGGCGGAUCUGUACCUGGUCAUCAGGGUGGAGGAAUUAAGUUGCUUGAUAGCAAUAACGACGAGGACAUGAACCAGUGGUUCAAUUGGAUGGAAUAUCUGAAAAAUGAUUAUCAUGGACACAGGCAUCAUAAUCAUCACUAGACCAUCAAUCCAGCAGGAAUAUUUGCUUCAAUUGUAAUUACAAAUUUUUAUCUUUAAAUUGAUUAUUUUCACAUAGUAUAUGUUAUGUGUAUGCUUGAUAAUGUUUUUCAAUAAAGUGAGUUUUGCAAUGUA